AUGGAAGUGGACAGAACCAGAGGACAGAACCAGUGGACAGAACCAGUGGACAGAACCAGAGGACAGAACCAGUGGCCAGAACCAGUGGACAGAACCAGUGGCCAGAACCAGAGGACAGAACCAGUGGACAGAACCAGAGGACAGAACCAGAGGACAGAACCAGUGGACAGAACCAGUGGACAGAACCAGUGGACAGAACCAGUGGACAGAACCAGUGGCCAGAACCAGUGGACAGAACCAGUGGCCAGAACCAGUGGACAGAACCAGUGGACAGAACCAGUGGACAGAACCAGUGGACAGAACCAGUGGACAGAACCAGUGGACAGAACCAGUGAACAGAACCAGUGGCCAGAACCAGUGGACAGAACCAGAGGACAGAACCAGUGGACAGAACCAGAGGACAGAACCAGUGGCCAGAACCAGUGGACAGAACCAGUGGACAGAACCAGUGGACAGAACCAGUGGACAGAACCAGAGGACAGAACCAGUGGCCAGAACCAGUGGACAGAACCAGUGGACAGAACCAGUGGCCAGAACCAGUGGACAGAACCAGUGGCCAGAACCAGUGGACAGAACCAGUGGACAGAACCAGUGGACAGAACCAGUGGCCAGAACCAGUGGCCAGAACCAGUGGACAGAACCAGCGGACAGAACAGCCGAACAGAACCGAAGACCUGA